AUGGUUCGUCUGGUGGACCUGGCAGUGGCAGCGUCAUUCUUGCUCUUCUCGGGCCCCGUGGUUGCAGAUGUGGAUGGUUGCGUCGGCAACUUUCAAGCCCUCCGCUGCAUGAGACCCGGUCCACCCCCCAAUCCGAACGACCCCAAGGCCGAACGUCAAUUCUUCAACACAGGAUACUCUAGCAGUUGUUGCGGUCACGGAACCGCUUUCACUGACAGCCCCGAUGGAGCUUUUGUGAGUAUUGAGCCUGAGGAUAGUGUUGUAAACUAA